CCGUUUUGCGCUGACUUUUUUGUCGUUUCUGCUCUUGGCUCUGACGCGCGCGUCUUUGUGUUUAUUCGGUGCAUGCGAUGAGGCUGCAUGAACCUCACACGUCUUACCUCUAUCCAUUACAGCUAUUUUGUCCUCUUUCCUUAUUCAGCUUCCGAAUUACACCGUUUUGCUGUGUUUGUUGUCUCAGCUGUCAGGUUUCUUUGAGCUGCGAGGUUCAUGUAUGUAUCCUAUCCAUUCAGUCACCGAUCAUCUGCGUUUCGUCUCUGCUACCUUGGUUGGUUAUUUAUUCAUCGAUUAUCUCUUUUAUUUUUGGUCUGUUGGAGAUCUUGGUCUGGGUUAGCUCAUCUUGGUUUUGAAUUUGCAUUUGCAAACUUCGUAGAAGCUACUGGAGAGUGCUUAGCAGGUUUCUGUGACGGAGCUGCUGGUGUUUAUCAAGACAAGAAACUCAUUCUACAAUUAAGUUUGGGCAUCUUUAUUUCUCAGAGCGACUGAAAUCAGCUCCAGCCAGAGCUCCUGUGUAUUCACUCUGCUGUAGACAGGGGCGUAUUAAACUUGCACAACUAAGAGAACCUCCAACACUUCUUAGGCAACUAAUGGACUAUUUAGGAGGGAGAUGUUUAAGAUUAUUUCGUAAGAAUCUUCAAACAUACAACUCCAUGUUUGCAUUGACCUCUAUCGGUGGGAAAAUCGACAAUGAUAUCAACAAGGGACAGGGACCAUAUAUUUUUAAACUUAAUGGCCAAAAUCAUCACUUGAUAGGAUCACUUCUUCCUGUCAAUGGGUAGAACCCACAAUUUGCUCAGCUAUAUAUCCACGACACAGAAAAUGAGACUUCUAAUAGAAUAGCUGCUCUUUCAAGAUCUAGUGUUAAUUCUAGAGUGGAAAAGGAGAUUGUGUCUCAAUUAAUACAUAUUUUUGACGAUUUCAAUCAUUUGGUUAAAGCUUUUCGUAUGGCAAGAGACAAAUUCAAAGCUGGUGAUGAACGUCAUAUUUCAUUGUUGUUGUCCGCUAGGCGACAGAUCGACAGCUCACAAUAUGAUGCUCCAGCUUAUCCAGAGAUGGCAAGUUUGGUUGUUGGGGAUAUUGGGUACACAGAUGAGGGCCGUGACAUUAUUGUUGAAUACCAAGGACAGCAAUUAAAGCGUAUUAGUGACUUGCAUCCUUCUUUCAUGGCCAUGCAAUAUCCAAUUUUAUUCCCAUAUGGCGAGGAUUGUUAUAGGCUUAACAUUCCUUACGAAGAUAAAAGUCAAGUACCUAAGUUGAAGCGCGGGAACAUUACAAGGCGUGAGUAUUAUGCAUACAUGAUAUAAUAAAGACAUUGUGGUGGAGGUGGUUUAAUUAAAGAGGCAAAUUAUUUCAACAAUAUAUCGUUGAUGCUUUUACCUGUAUAGAAGACAAGAGGCUGUGAUACAUUCGUUUCAAAUAUCAGCAAGAACAUUACAAGUGUGAGAUAUACAAGGGGAUUUAGGAUGCAUUCCUAGAAGCUGAUGGAAAGGCCAGUUCAAUUGGGAAACGUGUCAUUUUGCCAUCCAGUUUCACUGGUAGUCCUCGGUACAUGAUCCAAAACUACCAUGAUGCAAUGGCAAUAUGUAGGUCAAGAGGAAAUCCAUAUUUAUUUAUAACAUUCACUUGUAACGUACGUUGGGUGGAAAUACAAAAUGCAUUGAGUCUUAUUCCAGGGCAGAAACCAGAGGAUAGACCAUACAUUAUUUCUAGAGUUUUCCAUAUGAAACUCGAUGAAUUUAUGAGUGACAUCAAGAAGGGCUCCUAUUUUGAAAAUAUCGUAGGUGCUAUUUACACUGUUGAAUUCCAGAAAAGGGGGCUACCUCAUGUGCACAUUAUCAUCUGGUUGAAUCAAGUUGACAAAUAUCCAACUCCGAAUGACAUUGAUAGGAUCAUAUCUACAGAAAUCCCAAAAAAGGAGAUGGAACCAGAACUUCACAAAAUUGUCUCUAAAUUUAUGAUUCAUGGACCUUGUGGCAUUGCCAACCCUAGAGCUCCUUGCAUGAAGAUGGGAAGAUGUGUGAAGCAUUUUCCCAAGAAGUUUCAACAGGAAACAACUAUAGGCGAAGAUGGAUUUGCUGUGUAUAGAAGAAGAGACGAUGAGGAUAUAAUUGUUAAAUCUGGCGUCGAGAUGGAUAAUAGAUUUAUUGUCCCAUACAAUAAACAACUUCUUCUCAAAUAUGACGCGCACAUAAAUGUCGAAUGGUGCAAUCGAUCUUGGUCAAUAAAAUAUUUAUUUAAGUACGUGAACAAGGGCCCGGAUCGUACAAGGGCUUUCUUACAAACUGAGAAGGAGGCACCUGGUCAGAAUUCAGCAGCAGGUGAUCCAAUUUUUGAUAAAAUAAAGACCUCUAUUGAUUGUAGGUACUUAACAGCCUAUGAAUUAGCCUGGAGAAUUUUUGAAUUUCAUAUCCACCAUAAGUAUCCAGCUGUGCUAAACUUAACGAUCCACUUGCCUCUAAUGAACAAUAUUGUUUUCAAUGGAGACAUAGAUGUCAACAGAGUCUUGCAGCAACCUGGCAUAGAGAAAACUAUGCUAACAGAAUGGAUGUUUACUAACACCAAUUUUGAAGAUGCACGGGGGCUUUCAUAUGCUGAGUUUCGAACUCUAUGGAGGUGGGAUACUACGAACAAGAUCUGGUUUCAUAGAAAAAGAGGGAGUUGUAUAGGCAGAAUUACAUAUGUUCAUCCAUCUGCAGGUGAACUUUAUUAUCUCAGGAUGCUGCUCUCCCAUAGUGAAGGGGCAGAAAAUUUCGUUCACAUAAGGACAAUUAACCAAAUUGUGUAUGACACUUUCAAAGAGGCAUGCAAUGCAACGGGUUUGAUUGGAGACGAUCGAGAAUGGCACGAAGCAAUCGAAGAAGUUGUAGCAUGGGCCACUUCACAAGAGCUGAGAUAUCUGUUUGUCACCAGCAUACUAUAUUGUGAAGUCAUAGAUGCCAAUAAAUUGCUUGAGAGAAAUUUAAGAUACUUGCAAGAAGAUAUUUGUUACAAGCUUAAAAACCAACAUGAGAUAUGA